AUGGCGACCUGGGCCUACCCCCCACUGCCCACAGAGCAGAUCAACCAUGAGGCGGACACUGCACUGGCCCGAGAGUUAGAGUGGCUCUUACAUUCGCUACAGGAUUCACUUGCUUCACUGAAGAAAGGUCUCCAAGAAUGUGCCACCCUCCUAGCUCCCCAAGAACCGGGGUCAACCUUGGUGCUGUCCUCGCUGCGGUCGGAAAGCGUGAAGGGAUUUGUGACUAGAGUCGGCACUAAGAUAGUGAAGGGUGAUGUUCAACUUCGUCUGGCAUCGCUUCCGCCUCCUCGGGGUGUCCCCAGCACCCGAUUGAACCUAUCCCAGUCCCCCGAAGCCCCAGAAUUAGUACUUCGGCAGCUAGUAUCGGUUCGAGACCUUGUGGCUCAAAGCCUGGAUAUUGUGGAUGUGAGCACAUGGACGGGUGAUCCUCUCAAUGCAGGGUUCAUUUUCAGUCAAUUACACCUCUUGCUCGAGACGAUCAGCGAGGCGCGACAAAUGUUGAAAGGAGACAGCGAUGAAACGCGAGGCAAGUGGUGGGAUACCAGUGCCACCGAAAAUAUGUUUGACCCUCCACUUCCGCCCCAUCUUUCGUUCCAUCUCUCUAUCACAGACUCCGCCCUGGUCCUUAUUCUUCGGACCCUAGAGGCUACUGCCCUCAAUCACGCACCGACGGCUUUUUCCUCGGACAUCUCCUUGACUGGGUUCUCUCUACGUGAUCGGAUAUUCGGCUCCCGAGCACCAACCCAUGAUGAAGCCGGUAGUCUUUUUCAAUGGCAGGGAGAAGAAGUCCGUGUCAAGGAGAAGGUCCGAGUGGAGAGCCAAGAUCCCAGUCUGAUGGCGGUCAUGGCGAAACUAUCGGCCCUUGAGCAUGAGGUGAUGCGGUGCGUUGCUGCCCUGCGGAUUGUCAUGGGCGAUGAAGAUACGGAGAGCGAAGCUUAG